UGCUCUAAUAACUGGACAUUUUACAUGCGGAAGUUCCACCAUUUUUAUAAGUAUCACAUUUUCUGGUUGACAUACCGUCCGGACUUUCUCAAUCCUUCAAUUAUAUUUCAAGUUAAUCAUAGAUUUUUACCGAUUUACAAGAACAAAUCGCUAAGAAAUGCCGGUAGCAUCUGACAUAAAGUCCAGUUGGGCGGAUGAAGUCGAAGAAGAAGGAGGAGUACUGCCUCCGCCCUCUGAGGUUUAUGAGAAUGGAUUUAAGAUACUUACAGAAUACAAAUAUAAUCAAGAUAAUAAGAAGGUAAAAGUUGUGCGCACAUAUAAAAUAGAACGUCGUAUAGUAUCAAAAACUAUAGCUGCAAGAAAGAAUUGGGCCAAAUUUGGAGACUCUGCCGACGACAGGCCAGGUCCCAAUCCUGCUACUACGGUUGGUGCAGAAGAUGUCUUUAUGCAGUUUAUAUCUAGUAAAGAAGAAGAAAAUAAAGUAGAAGAAGAUACUCUUGAUAAAUUGAAAAAUAUGGGUGACAAAGGUGUUGUUAAAUGUCGUAACUGUAACGGAGAUCAUUGGACGUCAAAGUGUCCAUACAAAGAUACCGUGCUUGCUGGUGGAAAAGUUCCGGAUGAUAAGAAGCCCCUUGUCAACCCAGCUGUUCCUGGUGCAGCAAUAGCUGAAUUGAAACCGCAAGGAAGUAAAUAUGUACCGCCGAGUAUGCGAGAUGGUGGCAAUAAGCGUGGCGAUGCGAUGCAAAUGCAACGCAGGGAUGACACCACAGCCAUUCGUAUUUCUAAUUUGUCCCAAAGUACUACGGAUGCAGAUUUAGAUGAACUUGUUAAACCUUUUGGAACAGUUGUAAAACAAUAUUUAGCAAAGGAGAAACAAACUACUUUAUGCAAAGGAUUCGCAUAUGUCCAUUUCAAAUAUAGAGCAGAGGCCGCCAAAGCAAUUGCUACUCUUGACGGUUAUGGAUACGAUCAUCUUAUUUUAAGCGUAGAAUGGUCCAAACCGCAGCAACAAAAUAAUUAAUUCAAUUUGAUAUGUAACGAUAAGAGAAACAUGACCUAUAUUUACAGCAAAACGCUGGACUUAAUGGGCGUGCCAAGUUGUGAGGCCCAAGAACAGAAGUAGUGAAUAUUUUUAUGGUAUAUCGUAUUUUCCACUUUUACAUUCUAUAUCUCCAAAUGAUAUAACACGUAGUGAAAUUAAUUUGUAAUCUUACAAAUUGAAGUUUAAUAAGGUAAAAAAGUAUGUUGUUCCUUCUUUAUUUUGCACAGACGCUUAUCACGGAUCUUUUUCAAUUCGCAAGGUUCAAGUUAUUUUUUCUGAAAACAUCAUGUUUUUCUUUCUUUUCUUUUCUUUUCUUUUCUUUUGACUGUUUUACACUUAAAAUUGAUUUUAAAUAGAGAAUAUGUACACACGGGUCUUGAUCAUUGCUAUGCAUAUAAUUAAAGAUCAUUUAACAGCCCAAUUAUAUUGGCACUUUGUAAUGUAGCAGCAGGAGAUACAUUUGAGAUACCUACCCUCUUAUUCAUUGUCCAAUUUAAUUCCAAGUGAGCUCGCUUACAAUGUACUUUUAAUUUAUUGCACAUUGUAUUAUUAAAUAAUUAGAUCUUUUCAUGGAGUAUCUGUUUAUGAAUCUGUUUAUGAAAUUAAUAGGAAACUUAAUUGUAUUCACUUGGUCAUCUGCGGUUCUUUCUUUUUGUUAAUUUUUUAUUUUUAUUUUUUUUUGUUCUUCCUUUUUUCUUUUCUUCCUUUUUACGCCCUCAUAUUUAAAAGUUUAUACUCAACAUAUGCAUACGUAUACUUGUCUAUUUGAAUAGUAAAAGAAAAUAAUACAUCGUUAUAAUAAAUAUAAUUAUUGAAUAUCUAACUGUUAAAAUGCUACAUUGCGGUGCUAUAGAUACGUCGUAAAAAGAAAAUUGAAGGAUAAAAAAUAAAUGCUAAUCCAUAGACAUAUAUACAAAAAUAGUAUGAUAAUAUAAAAACCAAGGACAUAUAUUUUUCUUAUUGGUUGUGCGAUAUAACUAUGAUUAAUACUAGAUAAUCUAAGUACUUUGAGACGGUAACUAUAGUUAACAAUCGUAUGGUUCUCUAAUGAGCUUAGUUACCAUUGAAAAGGAAAGUACCAACGGAACGUAUUGUCGUUGUUAGACUAAUACGAAGGAAUAUCUUUAAGAGAAUUAAUCUUACAUUUUUUUUCUCAGCAGAAACUUUAACAGUCUCGUGUUACUCUCUAAUAUCAAAGGAAGUUAAUCCUAUAAAAGUGAUAUAUCGAUUUUCAUAAAUUGUUACAAAAUAAAACCAUAUUUCAUUCCAAUA